AUGGCGGGCUACGAAGGUGGAGGCUCUUCCUUGACCUCCCCGCUGUCCUCCGUGGUCUUCGAGGUCCGCUGCUCGCAGACGCGGCCGGGGGAGGCGGUCUUCGUGGUUGGAGGCCACGAGGCGCUGGGCGCCUGGAAGACGACUAUGGCCCUGCCUUUACAGACCUCGGCGGAGCUCUUCCCAAAGUGGCAGACCGUGAAGCCUGUCCCGCUUCCUGUGGGCUACAAUGUGGAGUAUAAGUUCGUGGUGCAGAAGGAAAACCGAGAGGGCCAGGUCCAGUGGCAAAACUUCCAGGGCAACUACCGCGUUUGUCCCGUUGCGGACGAAGUACUUCUGGCCGCCUCGGACUGGGAGAAAGCUUCGGCGGAAGUGUCUAGCCUAGGCCCGGCAUCCUCCACGACCUUAAAGGAGCCAGAGAAAGCAGAGGAAAAGGAUCGAGCCGUUCAAAAGCAGGAGAAGGAAGAGAUUCUUUUGAAAAUGGCAGAAAGCGGAGUCGACAAAGCCGCUGCGGAGGUCACUUCGACUUGCCCUUUGGCCGUCACUUUAGACAAUCGCGAGAUGCGCAGGAGGAACUUCUCACAGAGCCUCAUGGCGUUGGAUGCCUCCGAGCCUCAGGCCGCCUCGGCGACUCCGGGAGCCGGAGCCCAAGCCGGAGCCCAAGCUGAAGCCCAAGCUGAAGCCCAAGCUGAAGCCAAAGAAGAUGCCAAAGAAGCGGAGAAGAGCGGCAGCGGCGGCAGCGCCGAGGCCAAAGAAGCGGAGACUUCUCAGGCGGAAGAGGCUCCAGAAGCCCCAGAGCUCGCUCAAGAGCCUCAAGAGGCGCCUCAAGAGACGCCUCAAGAGACCCAGGAGAUGUUUGAAGAGGCUGAAGAGCCCCUCAAGGAGCCCGACACGGUGAUUACCCAGACGCCCUUAGAGGACGAGACGGAGGAGCCACUCCGGGUGCCAGAAGAGCCGGAAACGCGAGGCGUUUCGCUGAAGCACAUCACGAGUUUCUCAGCUUUGGCAACCGUGGCUGAUCCCGAAACCAAAGCCGAGCAUCGAAAGGGGAAGAAGACUGCGCAGUCGCACUACGACCCAUACAAUCUCGGCGUCCCCGUCGUUGUUGUGACCAGUGAGGUGGCACCAUACUCUAAGACGGGAGGUCUUGGCAUGGUGGCAGCUUCCUAUGCCUUCGAGUUUGCAAGGAACGGUCAUCGGACCAUGGUGGUUUCCCCGAAGUACAAGCACUUUGAAGGGAUUUCCUACGUCGGCGAGACCCGAGUUCGGGUCAAUGACACCGAGGAGAACGUCAAGUACUGGCACUUGCGCAAGGAUUACGAAGAGGGCAAGGGGACCGACUUCUUGUUCAUUGAGGGGUCCGGCAUUCAAAGAGAGGGCGGGCUCUACAACGACAACGACGGCCGCGAGUAUCCAGACAACCUCCAUCGCUUCACUUUGCUCUGUCUCGCUGCCAUGGAGGCACCACUGAUUCUGGAUAUCAACAGGCAGGGCAAAUAUGGUGACAAGGUGAUCUUCCUCGCCAACGACUGGCAGGCAGGACUCGUCCCUCUCUACCUGUGCUACAAGUAUAGACGGCACAACUGCUACUCCCAGGCCAGUGCCUUUUGGGACGCAGUCUUGGAAAACGUUCUGGCAGCACAGGCCAGAUGCAUCUAUGUCAUCCACAACAUGGGCUACCAGGGCCAGUACCAUGGCUGCGAUGCUUGCAGGUUCUUCGGCAUCGACGACAAGGCAGCUGGAGACCUGGUGCGUGGCAACUGCAUCAACCUGUCCAAAGGAGCACUCAUCUGCCUGGCUCUCAGCCGCGCAGACCGGGUGCUGACGGUGUCGCCCAACUAUUCGAAAGAGAUCCAAACGCCGCACGGGGGCUUCAACCUGCAGGAUUUCGUUUCAGCGAAAGCCGCAUCCUUGCGGCUGGCGGGAAUCCUGAAUGGCAUCGAUGACUGUUGGGAUCCGGCGGUGGAUCCAGACAUCUUCGUCAACUUCAGCGUCGAGGACUUUGAGGAGGGAAAGCAAGCGAACAAAGUGCAGCUACAGCGAACGCUGGGACUGGAGGAGAACCCCGAGUUGUGCCUAAUUGGCUUCGUUGGACGCCUCACGUGGCAAAAGGGUGUGGAUGUGCUCGCGUCCAUGAUCUCCUGGCUAAUGCAGGACACCGGCAACGGCGUCACCGGCCAUGUGCAGCUGAUAAUGAUGGGAAAUGGGGACCGGCAGUACUCUGAGACACUGAGAUGGGCCGAAGCCAACCACCGCGGCCGCAUCUGCGGGUACGUCGGUUUCGACCCCAAGGUGGAGCACCAGAUGAUGGCGGGAUGCGACCUGCUGCUGAUGCCAUCCCGCUACGAGCCCUGCGGCCUCCCUCAGAUGUACUCCCAGAUGUACGGGACGCUGCCCAUCGUCCAUGCCACCGGAGGCCUCGUCGACUCCGUGAAGGAUAUCUCCGAGGGCAUUGAGGUGGCAACGGGCUUCCAUGUCAGCCCGCUGAGCUCUGACACGCUGAAGGAGACCGUGUACCGGGCUGUGGAGCUGAAUCUGAAGCGCAGGGAGGACUUCUGUCGGAUGCAGCGCACGGCGAUGCAAAGUGAUUACUACUGGCCCAAAGCCAUGGACGAGUAUGAGCGGCAGAUAGACAUCGUGCUCUACGAGCAUGCGACGGCUACAAGCCUCUUCUCCUCUUCUUGGCUGCACGGCUUCUUAGCCGCUCGAAUCCUCGUCGUAGCAGGUCUGCCCCACGAUUAUGUGCAAUGGCAACGCCAGCGGCGUGCGAAGUUUCACGUGGCUGGGAUUGACUACCAGAAGUUCUGGCAAGACAUGACUAUCAUGCAGGUGGAGCCAGACAGCAAGCUGAUGACCUCUCAGAAGGUCGUGUUCAUGGCCCGGCGAAGACGUGAGACUGAUUCGGCUUAUGCCUGA